AUGGCAGCCUCCAACCAGUUCGCGUCUGCCAUGACCACCCGGUCGCUCCGCAUGGUCCGGAUGGAACUGGAAUUUCUUGCCGAUGCCUCUGUGAUCACUCCGCAUCAGCUCUCCUCCAUUCUAUCACAGCUACCCACCGAUUCCGAUGCCUCUCGGGCAGUGCAGGCAUCAUCAUCGCCACCCCGACAGCUGGCGCAGCCUGUGCCUGUUCAACAUGUUCCAAUGCAAUCACAGCCCCCUCCCGCUACCUACACGCCCUCAUACUCGCCCCCUGUGUCACAAAUGUCCAAUGUGUCAAUGAACGAGAAAGCUGCGCUGCACAAUCAAUAUGCAAGCCCGCCCCCUGGGGCCCCGCCGGCUUAUCCCCAAGUCCCGCCACCAGCCCUCGGUUUCGCGACGGCCAUGUAUGAAUAUCACGCCUCCGACGCAGGUGACUUGAACAUGAAGCCGCAGGAUCGCAUCCAGAUUAUCGAGGAAAUGAACAAGGACUGGUGGCGUGGUCGCAAUGAGCGGACUGGCCUUGAGGGCAUCUUCCCUCAAAGCUACGUGACCGUUGAGAAGGCUGGUAUUUCUUCGCCUCCGCCUACAAACUAUGGAAACAUGCCUCUUGCAGUUAGCCAGUCUGGACAGCCCGAAAAUCCCGACGAGCCAAAGAAGAACAAGUUCGAGGAAGGAGGCAAGAAGUUCGGAAAGAAACUAGGCAAUGCCGCAAUCUUCGGUGCCGGUGCUACUGUUGGCUCCAAUAUCGUGAACAGCAUCUUCUAA